AUGUCCAACUUGCGUGACAUCAAUUUGCGCAGCUGUGACAACAUCACCGACACCGGUCUCGCACACCUCUCGGAUGGCUCCGUACGCAACCUACAGGUGCUCGACGUGUCGUUCAGCAGUGAUAAGAUCGGUGACCCGGGAUUAGUGCACAUCUCGCAGAAGCUGAUCCAUCUGCGGAGUCUGAGUCUGAACGCGUGCUCCGGCAUCACCGACGAGGGUGUGAUCAAGAUCUCGAGGACACUGUCGUGCCUGCGAGUGCUCAAUCUCGGCCAGUGUAAUAAGAUCACCGAUAAGGGCCUGUGCGCUAUUGGCCAACAUUUAGUCAAUUUAACGAACAUUGAUCUCUACGGGUGUUCACUCAUCAGUACCGUCGGUCUCGAGAAGAUCAUGCAAUUACCUAACCUUAACCUCAACCUCAAACUCUGGCAAAAGGACCAACAGAUCAGCAGUAAUAGCAAUCAAUCGAGUAAUCAAUGCUAA